UAAUAUAAUGCACUGGUGUAUUUUGUAAUCCUACAAAAAUGCGCGUAACGUUGCAUAAUUUUGUUCGUUAAGCGUAUAGGUGUGCAUAGGUAAACAAAAAAGCCUAUACGUGCGUAUGCCCUGCGAAAUCAUAGCAAAGGAAUUUUCUCUAUGCCUGGAAAAUUAAAUGUAAUAUAAACGAAAAGCGACACACAAACUGUGAGCAAUAAUAACCACAAAUUAUCCGAGCUUAAGAUUAAAACUUAGGAUAUGGAUAUAUUGGACAUUGAUGAGGCGUUAAAGGAUGAUUCAUACAUUUUUCUGGCAGACAAAACACACGAUGAUAUCUCCAAUAUUCUGCAACAGUGGAAAACGAAUAAUCAGCCGCAGUUGCCCUCACAACAGCAACAACAACUGCAGUACAACAAUGAACAAGCCUACAAACUUAACUCGAAAACUUUCACGCGCCCUAAACGGAGAGCACAGGUGGCUCAAAAUCUGGACACCCAAUUCGCGCAUAUUACAGGAACACACGCAAAUGCUACACAGGCCACUCCAAUACUAAAUUUGGAAAUUGGCGGACUGGUCACCAACAUGCAUAAAUCCUUUCUUCAAGACACCUCGCCGCCAUCUUCGAUCUGUUCUUCCAUGAAUAACGAGCGCAUGAACAACUCUCUCAUCACAUCGGCGGACUUUACCAACCUAAAUUUCCUACAAUCGACACAGAGCCUCGAGUCGGAUUUGAAUGUAACCACCACACUGACUACAGCUACAACUCUAGAAGGGUACACGCUCAGUGACAUGAUCAGGGAUCGCAAGGCGCUUGACUCGCUAACGAUGUCCGGUGACGGUACUCUAAUCAAGGAUUCGCACAUUGGGCAAAUAGACGACAUCUCGCUAACAUUAAGCAAAACCGCUUCAGGUUACAGCACAAUGGACAAUUCCACGGAAAGCAUGUCCACGACAGCAACGACGACCACGACCCACAAUGAGUGCAAUAAUCGGAAUGCAAAUCGUACUCUGCCCGUGUGCACAGCUCUGCAACGAACUAUGAUACUAGGAGAUGAGAUGAUUGGAGACACCACCUUCAAUCUUGUAGAUAGCAGCAUGAACACCCCCACAACGGAUGUGCCGAAUGAUGCGAAUGCCACGUUUAAGAAACCUAAUGCAUUACCCCUAAACGAGACACUGCUAUUUGCGGGGCUACCAGCGAUGAACACAACGUACACGGAUGUAAGCGGAGGAGUUGAUGGAACGCCCGAGGCGCGCUGUGAGACACCCGAGAAUAUGAGCAAAUUGAAUUUUGAAUCGACCCCAUUAACCUCAAACGUAAAGCAGCAAUACUUCAGCCACAACAAUAAUAACAAACAGCAGCAGCUUCCACAUCCACAAUAUACUCCCAAUCUCAAAGGUCGCGGCGGCGACGACGUGAACCUAUCGCCAAUUGUUGCGCCAACGCCUCAGAAAUCGACACGCCUGCUUAAUAACACCUACGAACCGGCAGCAAGCAGCUUUGAUGGCAAAAAGUUAAUUGCGGACACUACGGAGAUGCUGGACCAAAUUGAGCAUCCGCUGGAUGGCACCUAUAAUAUGGCAGAGCAAGCGGAACAGGAUGAAAUGGCGAAGCAAAUGCAAUGUGUCAUGGAUCUAGCCGAGGCUGAAGUAGAGCUAUUGACUCAGCAGGAUGAUGAGGAGCAAUUUGAACAUAUGCUCGCCGAGCUGGGCAAGGUAAAUGCAUUAAAUGCGGAGCAGCUAAAAAUGAAAAAAUCGCUGGAGAGUAUUAAGCGGAGGUUUAACAACGUCACAGUUGACGAGCCAUCAAUAUCAGCACAUUUGAAUGUGACGCUGGAGCUGAAGGCACCAGAGCUGAAUACAAAUACAAACGCCAACUCUUCAACAAUGUUGAGUAGCCACAGCAGCAGCAGUGGCAGUGGUAGCGAACGUUUGCUUAGUAGACGAAGCCGGCUCUAUGACGAUGUUAAUCUGAGCGCCUUGCAAUCAAACAGUUGCAAUUCCACAUCCUUUAUUGUCCAACAUAAAGAGGAGGAAAAGCAAAAGCCGCAAUCGUAUUUAGAUCAACCCACCGAUGAGGCUUGUACCCCUUUGCAGGAAGAGGAACAGGAACAACAGUCACAGCAACAAACCGGAGCGUUUCAAACGUUAGAGACUGAUGUGACCAGCUAUAAAUUGACCGAGCGCCGUGAGCGAGAUCGUGAGCGAUUUAAGACUAUUAAGAUCACAAAAGAAAUGCGCGAAGAUCAGCAGAAAAUUAUAGUGCCUUGUAUCGAUGACGAUGUUGUUAAUGAUGAGCGGUUUGAACAGCAGCAGCAGCAGCAGCAGGAAGAGAUAAUGCCUACACAGCAGCGAUUAUCACGCCGAGAACGUUCGCAAGUCUUCAAUCCUAACAAAAACAAUAACAGCAGUAACUAUUUGACAUAUAAGAAGCCUAAGGAAAAGGCACCGCUGACACAACACCAAUUGCCCAAUGUGCAGCCAAUAGAUGCAGCACCGCGUUCUCUAUCUCGACCACGUUACAUAAGUGGACUGCAAAAGUUUUCGACUGUAACAAAAGCGACUUCGGCGGGUGCAGGCCUGAAUGCAACGACCUGUUUAAUCACAACAACGACACCAGCGGUGCCUGCAACCUCAAUCAGAACUACAACAACCGGCAGCAGUGAACUAAAAAGCCCGAUGGGGAUCAAAUCCAAGUCGUUCCACAAUUUAUCAUCCAACAUUAGCGUCAACCCUGCCUUAGCUGCGCCGCGUGGCAGCCUUGGUGGCCUCAGGCGACCGGGACAGACCAAGCCAAUGAGUGGAAUCCGUGCGCCAACCGCUGCACAGCAACAGACACAACAGCAGCAAUUGGAGGCCGAUGAAACAUCCGUAUUCAAAGUUCCGAAAUUGGUGAGUGGUUUGCGAGCGCCAACGGGAACAGGGAAACGUGCAGUUGGAAAUGGCCUGACUCGUCCUUCGUCCGGCUAUUACAGUUUAAGUGUUGCGGGAAAGUCAGUAGCAUCGACAGAAGCGGAAACACCAGAGAGUCUUUCAUCAGCAUCCUCCCGCGGCAGUCUGUAUGGCAAGGAGGGCGGUAAAGCGAAUGGUAAUACAUUCGAUACGCAAACGCUAACGUCGAGGCUGACGCAAGUGACCACCGGUGCCAGUGGGAUACCAAAGCCCUCGGGGUUGAGACAGCCUACGCAAAUGAAACGCAGCGGCUUGCCACGCCCGUCCAGCAUCGCGAGGCGCUGAGCGAUCGCUGGACCAAGUAGACAUUAUUGUAAUCAAAUUUGUGCCCAUUUCAUCACUAUUUUUAUGUAUUUUUCUGUUGCGCUCUCUAACUCUCACUUAAUUUAUUUAGUUAUCGCUAUUCAAGCGCCUGUUGCUGCCUAGUGAUAAAAAUUGAUGUCUUUAAUUGAAUCUUACAAUUGCAUUUAGUUGGAACAUCCCCAUAAAUACAAUUACAAUAUAAACAAUA